UAUUAAGAAAGAUAAAAAAUUGUAUAUUUGUAAACAUUGUUCGAGAGAAUUUUCUUAUGCUUCAAACCUAAGAGUACAUUUGCAAAUUCAUUCUGGCAUAAAAGCCUAUUCAUGUAAGGUGUGUUCUAAAGAAUUUGCGCGGCUAGACUACCUGAAAGCGCACUCCAGGAUACACACCGGCGAAAAACUGCAUUCCUGCGAAAUUUGUGGCAAGACGUUCGCCAAACACAGCGGCAUGAUACAGCACUUGAAGACACAUACGGGCGACAAACCGUUUUCCUGCGAAGUCUGCGCCAAGGAGUUUUCUUAUUCCGAGUCGCUGAAACAACACGUCAGAAUUCACACGAAAGAAAAACCAUAUCAGUGUGAAUUUUGUCCUCAGAAAUUUUCUCUGCUCUCGAACCUGAAAAAGCACCUCAGAACGCACACCGGCGAAAAACCGUACUCCUGCGAAGUUUGCGCCAAGGGAUUUUCUCAGUCCGGAAGUCUCAAAAGACACCUGAUGAUAAUGCAUUCUGACGAAAACGAAAAGGAGUACUCGUGCGAAGUUUGUGCGAAGAAAUUUUCGCACUCCAGCAUACUAAAACAGCACAUGAGAGCUCACACGAAGAAAAUCCUGCAUUCGUGCGAAGUUUGUUCGGAGAAAUUCACUCGACUGACGCACCUGAAAAGACACUUGGUGAUUCAUACCGGCGGCAAGCCAUUCGCCUGCGAACUGUGCACCGGAACAUUUUCGGAACCAGGAAGUCUUAAAAGACACCUAAAGGCGAUGCAUUCUGAUGAAAAGCAAUAUUCGUGCGACAUUUGCUCCAAGAAGUUUUCUCUACUGGACUACCUGAAAGCUCACUUGAAGACGCACUCUGGCGAAAAACCACAUGCCUGCGAAAUUUGUUCCAAGGCUUUUGCUCAACCCGGGUCCUUGAUAAAGCACCUGAGAAUACAUACCGGCGACAAACCGUUCUCCUGCGAAGUCUGCUCCAAGGAGUUUUCUCAUUCCGAUACGCUGAAACGACACAUCAGAAUUCACACGGAAGAAAAACCGUAUCCGUGCAAAGUUUGUCCUCAGAAAUUUAGUCGACUGGCGCAGCUGAAAAAGCACUUGAGGAAGGCGCAUACCGGCGAGAAGCCAUUUUGGUGUGAAGUUUGCGCCAAAGAAUUUUCUCAGUCGGAGAGUCUGAAGAGACAUCGGAUGGUUAAGCAUUCGGAUGAGAAACCGUAUGCGUGUGAAGUUUGUGCUAAGGAAUUCGCUCGACUGGACUACCUGAAAGCGCACUCAAGAACUCACAAGGCUGCCACUGGCGACUAA